GCUCCUCCCGGGGCGGGGCCCGCCUCCUUCCCGGCAUGCUCCGCGCGGCCGCGCCCCGCAGGUGGCGGCUGAGGCGGCGGGGAGAGGGAGCGGUUUUGAUAGAAGCUUGUCUUUGAAAGACUGGAAAGGAAUAAAGAACAUAAUGACUACUUUGGAUGAUAAACUGCUUGGUGAGAAACUCCAGUAUUAUUACAGCAGUAGUGAGGGUGAGGAUGAAGACAGUGAUAAAGAAGAUAAAGAAGGGGAGAGCACCAUUCCUGAGAGCGUUGGGGAGGUAGAGCUUACCAGCGACAGCAGUGCAGUCAACACAGGUCCCAAAGGAGUUAUUAAUGACUGGCGAAGAUUUAAACAACUGGAAACUGAACAGCGACAGGAGCAGCGCAGAGAAAUGGAACGACUCAUUAAAAAGUUAUCUAUGACAUGUAGAUCUCACUUAGAUGAAGAGACUGACAAGCAGAAGCAGAAAGAGCUUCAGGAAAAGAUCAAUGGAAAGAUGACGUUACAAGAAUAUAACAUGAUUCACAAUGAUGAAGACGAUGAGGAAUUUCUACAGCGAUACAGGAAGCAGCGAAUGGAGGAGAUGAGGCAGCAGUUGUACAGUGGGCAACAGUUUAAACAGGUUUUUGAGAUUACCAGUGGAGAAGCAUUUUUGGACACAGUUGAUAAAGAGCAUAAGAGCACACUGAUCGUGAUCCAUAUUUAUGAAGAUGAUAUCCCAGGCACCGAAUCCCUGAACGGGUGUAUGAUCUGUCUGGCUGCUGAGUAUCCAACAGUUAAAUUUUGCAGAGUGAAGAGUUCGCUCAUUGGUGCUAGCACUCGCUUUACUAAUAAUGCGCUGCCAGCUUUGCUGAUCUAUAAGGCAGGCGAGCUCAUUGGCAAUUUUGUGCGAAUCACUGACCAGCUUGGAGAAGAUUUUUUUGCUGUAGACCUGGAGGCUUUUCUGCAGGAAUGUGGUUUGCUCCCAGAAAAAGACCUAGUGCUCCUGACUUCCAUACAUAAUCCAUCUGCAUGUUACAGUGAGGACAGUGAUCUGGAAAUAGACUGAACCACUUAUGCCAAGGGCCAGUAGGUGUAGUUGUACUGUGGGAUGUUCUUGUGCUAGGGACUGCUCUCUUCCGUAGUGUGGGUAUGUAUGCUUCCCCUUCAUGUACUUUGAAUUUUGCUUGUUAGAGAGUUGUUAAAAAUAGCAUAAGGAAUUCCUAACAUUUUCUUAAAUUAAUUCAGUAAAGUGCACACUAAAACAAUCUUGCUUUAUGCAAUUCCGAUGUAUUUUACUGAACAUGAAGUUGUAACACAACUCAGUAGGUUUAGGAAAUUGUGUAUUGUCAUCUCUGUUCUCUAAAGCACGUAGUUGCUUUUUUUAAAAUGUUUUUGUUCUAUCAGCUGUCUAUGGUCAGCCUUGUUACAGGUUUUCUGGAACAUUGUAAUGUAAAUACUAGUUGGAUUGAGAUGUGGCCACCUACUCGCUAGGACAAGAAUCGAGACUGCAAAUGAAGAAGUUUUUAAGCAUUCAAGACUUAGUAGCCUGCAGCUGAACUGCUGCCAAUUAACAGUGCAAGGUCCCACCUUCCAUUCCCUAAUUUGCAGUCCCCUUCUUGGAAGCACCUUCUUGUUCUGACACCUGGCAUCAAAUUUUUGUCCCUUUGUCACUUACAAAUAACAACAGCCUCUGACUUCACCCGGAAAAUUACUUCUCAGCUGGAGAGAAGAGUUCUUCCUUUAAUCUUGCCUGAGACUUAAAGGAGAAAAUACUUUUUCAGUUGCAAAUUUUAAUACAUUCUUGUGUUUUAAAAUACCCACCCUUAGAGUUCAUAGUAGUCACUUCACCAGAAAAUGUUCUCAGCUUCUUAAGAGAGAGACUGUCUUAUCAUAAAAAGAACGGCAACAUGUGUGCUGAACAGCCUCAGGAGAAUUUUGCUGGCAAAAUGCAGAAUCAAGAAUUGAGUAACGUCAGAAUUUCAUUUCUAAAAUUACUAAAUCAGUGCAAAAAUUCUUUUCCGUCUGCCUUCAUAUGAUCUGCCUCAGCUGGGUCAUCAGAUGUAUUCUGAAUAUUAAUAACCCCUGGACCUGAGAGAUGACUGGAUGGCUUUGAGGGAAAGCAGCCUUGAGCUAAGAGACUGGGUUACCAAUCCAGGUAUUCGGAGGCCGGCCCAUUUUUUCACUGCUGAUUCCCUUCUCUGAAGCUCAGUAUUCUGCAGUGUUCAGCAGGAUCAAAAACAUUGCCGCUGUCCUCUGAUGGCAGCUCUGUCAGAGCACCCUUUUUGUACCAUGCAUCAGUGGAGUUCACUCAGAAAAAAAUCUUGUGGGGUGGGGCUGAAACCUGUGUGGACAUCACAGUUUUUCCCUCUGUCCUUCAUAAGAAAUAACAAAGGCUUCCUCGGAAGCAUCGCCACAGCUGUUCCAGUUGCCCAGUGACACUGAUCUUAAAGUUCUCAUCUUCUGCAAAAACACAGGGUGACUGCCACUUCGGGCACAGAAUGAAAGCCUGUGCUGGCUGAGCCCAUUUGUGUCUAGGAACAUUAUUGCUACCAAAUGCAGCAGCUGCAUAUUAAUCUUCCCUCCUAGAGCACCUUUGUCAUUACCAUUUGUCAUGAUUACAUUUUCAUUAAGGUGUGUUUAUUUUGUUUGGGCUCUACUUCCUUCAUAAAUCAGAUCAUAAUAUGGGGAAGUAAUUUUCAGGGUUUCUAUUACAUUGAAGUUCACCCUGCCUCCAGCAAGGCUGGUGCUACGUAGCUGCAAGAUAACCUAAUGCAAGAUGGCAUUAGACGCCAGUAGCAGUUUAUAGCAAAUGCAGGCAUGAGAACCUCCGAGGAUGCAGAGCGAGGUAAAGGCGUUACCGGCCAGAUUAUGGUGUGGCUGAAUUGCUCAAACAACGUACCCAGCACAAACAAGCACACUGAAAUGUGUGCGCUCUGUCCUUCGUUAUUAUUGAAUAAUUGUCUGUGUACUUAAUUUGGUAUUACGUUUGCUUUCUCAUGCUUUACUUAUUUUGCUUGUUAUUUUUUAAUUUUGGGGAAAGUAGACUGUCAUUACCUAAAUGUGUGACCCAAUGUAAUGCCUUGUUUAAUGAUUAAAUUUAAUUGCAAGUUUUAUGUAAGGCACUUUGGAACACCAGGAAGAAAUGCAAAUGUCUCUGUGUAAAUACUAGGUUCUUAAUAGGAAUGGAUCUUGGGCUAGAAAAAGAAGAAUUUGUAAUUGUAUCUGUUUGAACUGUGUUUUAACAAGUAGUAUAAGCAGAAAAAUAAUUUGUAAUUAAAAAUCACUGAAUUGGCAGUAAUUGUAGCUGUUUUAAGGAAACUGGCAGGAAUCCAGAUUUUAAAAUGUGGUAAGAGAUUAUUUCUCUUCAUCUCAGAAUUGCAGAAAAAAACCACGAAAGUUAUAAUGAAAUUAAAUCGUUGAGCAUGGAUAUCAGCACAUUUAAGAAAAAAAAAAAGUAGCUUUUAAUCUAUAUUCAGGAUGAGAUUCAGUGAAAUCUGUCGUGAGGACAGGGUACAUUAUUAGCAUCAUAAUAAAACCGGGCUUGGAGAGGGUGUCAGGGGAGAGCUGACUGCUUGAGUUGCUUUGAAGUUUUUUCAUGAAGUGCUUUUUUUUCCCCCCUAUGGCAGCAAAACUGUAAUAGGAUCAAAACCUCUCCUGCUGCUCUGUGUUGGAUGGCCUGCAGCAAGGUGACUCCUGGCUAUUAAUCUCCAGUGCUCAGGUAUAUGAUAGAUGGUUUACAGUGCCAGUAGCAAAAAGGAAAAGAAAAAAGGUCUGAAUCCAAUUAAAUAUUUAUCUGGAAGAAUAUAAUAAGCACAAAGGAGAGAGGGGUAGGGAGAGGAUGCGCUAUAAUGCUGCUUCUCGUUCUCAGCACAGGCAGCACAAAUGUGAGAAGUAAGGGGAGGCUGACAGUGGCUGCUGAGAAUUGUUGCUGGCAGCACUGGGCGCUGCUGCUUUUAUCCAUUCUUGAAGCUAAAUCCUUCCAAAUUGACCAACAGGUGAUAGCCCUCAAAAAAACCCAGCAUUCUUAAUGUGCAUUAAGCAAUAAAACUAAUGUAUAACAGGUUAGUUACUAAUUUGUAAGUGCGUGCCCCCUAUCUGUUCAAUACCAAUAAAACCCACAACUCACACCAACACUGUUAUCUGUAAAUGUUCUGGUGGAAGUGUUUUUUCUUUAGUCUGCUUUACUUCUCUAAUUUUAGAUGUCAUAACGACCUGCAGGUUAAGAAUUAGGGUGUAUUUAUAUACAUGUACAGGGGAUCAAAGUGAAAAUGAAAUUGUAUGAACAGCUACAUAAAAUAAAACUGUUUUGAAACAUUCAACUUGGCCUUGAGAGUGUCAGGUUUGCAGUUUGAUGCCGGUGCCUCUCCUUCCCCCAAAGCCAUCGUACUCUGUCGCUGUCUGAACUUCAUUUAAAUUGAUGCAUUCCUACUAAAUGGCUUGGACUUGAAUAAAGGAUGCUUUUUAAUUUUGUCAAA